UUUAACAAGGCUCCGCGUUCUCGUCCACGUCCAUAUCCACGUCCACUACUAUCUCGGCUUGGUCUGAGCUUCCACAACUUUCGGCCUUCGUCUUUCUCCAAACCAUAAAGGAUACUCCAGCAUACACGGAAGAUCAAAGCAGACGCUUCAACAAUGGCAGCUCUAGCUCCCAUCGCCACACCGGCUCGACAGCCCUUUGGGGUUCUCAAUGACUCCAAGGUCCGGAGCCUGCAGAGCAUGAAGAAUCGUCAGAAUGCAAUCACACCCAACUCUGCUCCUUCCCUCAAACGUCGAGCUGUCUCUCCCGAAGUCGGCUCCGACAGUGAGAAUGUUGAUCCCAAUAUCCUGGACUCAUUGAAUAAACGCAAACGAUCCGCUUUUGACGACGACGUUUCCGCUUCUAAAUCCCAUCGAGACAGCUUGAACGUUACCUCCACCUACCUCAAGCCACGUCUUGAUAGACCUGUGAUAUCCACACCCCGCCUUGAUACCUUUGUCAAGCCUUCCUCAAUCACCCCGGCCUCUGCUCCAGCAGCUGCAGCAGGACGCUCACCGACACGUCUACGCUCCAGCCUCUUAAAGCCCCAUAAACGCUUCAACCCUCCUUCUACCUCCCUGACCACAGGAUCUCCGUCUCUAAGCAUCUCGGCGGCAUUGAGUGGCACCAAGAAAUCCCGACACCUGCAUCAAUCCCGCAAAUCACAAUCGCAGUCUCGGAGCAAAACAAUCGAAGACAGCAAACAGCAGUCAUGGUUCUUUGACAUCUACGAAGAGACCGAGGAAACACAGGAGUACCGUAUGAACGAAUGGACCAUGACGCAGAGCGCAACGGGGCUAGAAAUCAGUGACGAUGAGAGCAAGGCGGCCUCAAAGUCAAACAAGCUCGAUAGAGGAAAGGAGAACGUUGAUCCAAAUGAGAUGUCAGCACCGGUCACCCGAUCAAUGGCCGCUGCUGCCGCCCGAAAUGAGAAAGACAUCAAUGUGAUGACGGAUGAUGAACCACGCACACCACUGGGUGACCUCAACCCCGUCGCCUUCUAUGCUGAGGGACUGGAUGCGACAAGCGUGGUGCUUGUCCAAGAUGAUGACGCGGAAGCUGAGACGGACAUUGAGGAUGAGGUCGAGGUCAAGGCUGCUUCUGAAGACUUCACUUGUCAGGCCCCGCCUACCUCGCUGACAGCAAAGGCCAUCGAAGCCCUCGAUACCCCGUCUCUUAGCCAGAUUCUCAGCUCUCGCCCAUAUGUGACUGAGAAGGCCAUUGCUGGGUUGGAGGAUCAAGCUACUGCCGUCAUUGAUAACGAGGAUGCUGCGACUGAGAUUGACAUUUGGGAGAGUGAGAGUGCCAAAGGUGAACAGGAGAAAGUGAAUGUUGAGAUUGAGGUUCCUGGUAGCCCCGGCUCGGUGGUUGGUGAUGAGAAUGUGUUCGCGCUGCAGGAGCUUUGAGAGCGUGCAAGGCGUGCGACGGCUCACCUUUUCCCUUACUGUUACGGCCUUCUAUUCGGCAUGGUUGGUGUUGUGAAGCGGA